AAAUAGUCCUAGCAUUUAAACAGCGCCCAUUGGGUGAGAAACCAUGCAGCCGGAAAGCCCUGGCUUCCUCCUCUGCCUUGCGAAGAGCCCUUAGUUCUGUGGAAAGUGAGGGAAUCACGAGAAAACCUGGUCUGCCCUUGCUGUUUGCAGGGAGUGUUUGCUUUUUCUGAGUUUUUGGCCCCGGCGAUGGAAGCAGGGGACUUGGUUUCAUUUUCGAGUUGAGAAGCCCUAGCUCGGGGUUGCAGCGUUCGGGACUGCUGGAUCUGCGUGCGGCGUUCAAGCGGUUUAUCCUGGCAGGACAGCCAGAAAGAAAAGGCACGUCUUCCGGUUCUUCGGGUCCAGAAACGCUGGUGGUUCUGUCUGACAGCCGCUGCGUUUCGCCGCGUUUGCUUUGAUGGCAUGCUCUGGAAGUCGGCAGGUCGCCUUUGCAUGUGCGCUAGAUGGGAAGUCCGAUCCCAGCGCCCUCGUGUCUCGCCUUGACCGCUUGCCCUGAGUGAGGUCUGCGGGUCGGUCCUGGGGUCCAUGCUUGCUGGCCCUGCAGCAAGGGGUGGAGGCCAGAGGGGUAAUAACGGAGCUCCUGCCUCUCUUGUCUCGGUCUCCCUGAAGUCAGCGGAGAAAGCGCCAUCGAUUUCCCUGGGAAUCGGUGCCAGUCACGGGAACUUGAGCCCAGCAGAUCAUGUGGUCGUGUUGAUAGGAUCACUGCUUCUACAUGACCGCUGCCAGAGUCUUUUUAAUUUGAGCUCACAUUAGCAGAGAGAGAUUUGCUAGCCUCCUGUAACAGGCUUGCUUGCAGUCCGGGCGCGAAGCUGCAGUCGCCCAAAAAACACUUGUGAGCACAGGGGAGUGUGGAGGUGCUGCCGGGCAUCCUCCCCUUGCUUCGUGACCUGCCCUGGGGAGGGGGUGGCUUUGCUUUUGUAUAGUAUGAACGGUGGGCUCAGAUCUCUUCCCCCCCACCUUGGUGUGUCUUGAGAAAUGUCGGGAAUGUGAAAUCUUCCUUUUGUCGGCUCGUUCAGAUGUCACAGACAGGUUUAUUAGCAGCUUUCUCAGCCGGGAGAGGAAAGGGCAGCAUUGCACAAGCUCCCCAAAGAGGCUUUCUCCCAGGUGGGAGUAAAACCGGCCGUUUAAGAGCCCGGAUAGAUCCCCCGCCCCGCCGGAGCAGGCCGGCUCUCGCUCCCCCGCUGCUCGCGCGGCCGUGAAGCCCACCGCCUGGGCUCAGUGCAGGUUUCCGUGGUGGAGGAGACCUGAAUCUCUCAGGAAACAAAACAAACAGAGAACAGGGUUGGGGUUUUUUUUUUUCAUAUCUAGAACUUGAGCUAUCGUCAAGAAGAAAAAAAGUGCAAGGCUUCACUUCCCCUUUCUCUCGAGGCAUGUUUCUGGGCCUGGCUCCCUGACAGAUGUUGUCACGUCCCCUGUCGAAGCGUUGAGUGAGCACCCCCGGGAUGAUUCGCAGCCUGCGAAGCUGGAGGGAGAUGCUUACAGGCCUGGAGCAGCCCGGCAUUGCCCGGGCAUAUCAGUGCGGGGCAGACACGGGGGUGCCCUGUCAGACGGGGACCUAGGACACAGGGCAGGGGUGGUUUUGAGGCUGGGUCGGGGUUUCAGAGGCUCUUGGCUCUUCUCUCUGAGGUGCCGUGAAUCCCGGGAGCGUGCGCUGCUUUUUUGGCUCGUCCGAGGCAGAGACCUGCCACCUUUGCAAAGCAGGGACCCGCCGUGGGUUGUGUGUAGGUGUGUGCAUUCGUGGGGAGUGGGAAGGAGCUUUCGAGAUGAGGAGGAGACGGUUUGGCCUCACCCUCGUGCCUGAAAUGCCAGCCCAUGGGAUGCAGGGCCCCUGCGGAGAUGUGCGCUGGGGUUUGGGUGGGCAGGAGCCUUGACUUGGCCCUUCCCUGCAUGGUGGUAGGUGGUGAGUCCGGCGUGGGGCCCGUGGACGGCUCUCCCUUCCUUCCCGCUGGAGGGGUGAUUUCCCGGGGAAGACACCAGGGGCCAGAGGCCAAGACCGCUCUAUAAAUGUCAAGCAGCCACCAGAUCUUCACGGCUCUGGGCCUCCCUGUCUGCCGCCAGGUUUGACCCUCGUCGGGCAGGUGGAGGCCUCUGCGCUCUGCUCCGGCCCCUCCUCGAGGCCGGGGAAGUGGCUCCAAAUGUCGCCAUGACCUGGAGCUGCGCUUGCUGGAGGUCAAGCUCAUCCUGUAACAGGGCAAGUGUUUCGGGGCGUGCUGUAUUUCACGGCGUACGGUUUUUACUCCCCUGCGGAGAACGAAUAGCAAGGAUACAUCCAGCUUGUUCCCAGGCGUGUGCACAGGAGGGUUUUAUGUGCCGUGCUUCAGACGGCCGGCUGCACGCUAGUUCAGGGUUUCCAUCCCUCUCCACCUGGUCCUGAGUUUCCUCACCGCGUGUGUUUGUGUUUCUUGGGGGACGGUCCUGCCCCAGGCCACAGCUGCCUGCCAUCUCCCGGCUUCCUGGACUGCAGCAAAGCAACAGAGGGGAAAAUCAAGCCCAUCUGACAUCAGGAAGUCCUUUUCCCUCCAGCACGUAAUGGGAGAGCGGAGCUUAUUUCCGUGAGAUGCGGAGAAAUCACGGGGUCUGCAGGAGGAGGAGGUCAGGUCUGUGGACGUGGGAAUGUCCUGGUUCGGGGGUGAAGCCGUGCUUGCUCUUGGUGUUAGGGUUUAGGAUCAGACCAUCGUGACAGGUGGGUCCUCUGCCCGCGGUGGGGUUUAUGGACACUCCUGGGAAGCUAAUUGGAGACAGGGCAGCAGUUUAGUGGGACUGGGGCCCGUUCCCCCCAGUGACCUUGAUGCAUACAACUCUCAUGAUGCUGAGGUCUUGCUGCCAGGUGAUAUCCGAGAUGCUGCUCUCACCAGAGGCGAGAGACCGCGUAGCCUUCAUAUCCCAUGCUAUUGGCAUCUGGGCCUUCGCAUGAGAAGCCCUAGCUCAACAUCCUGAGUCAACCUUUAAAACAGAGGAAGCGCUGGGAGUGUGUUUCCUACUGUACCGGUGGCUAAAAAAGUACAUUGUACUCUGAAACACAUUUCCACCGGCUUCCCCCUCCUGCUCCCAGCACCCCAGCGGUGUGCCUGGGCCCUGCAUUUGUGCAUGUCGCAGGAAACUUAGGCGUGCAAACCACCUUCACCCAGUUCACGUGCAAAUGCAGCUGGCUCCUUAAUGGAGGUGGGUGGAAGAUCUGUCCAAAAUUGUGAACAAAUCAUCUGUGACCAGAUGCCUUCCUCUAGUACGGAAGAUGCCUCGACCAAGUGUUUUCUAAUGGCUUUUCCCUGCUCUUCUGAAAUGGAUGUGCUCUCGGUUGCCUCUGGGGCCGUCUGGGAACAGGCGGCCACGUGACGGGGACGCGUGGCCGUUACAUCAGAACGGGUCACAUUCUGCCGCGGGGCUCGGCACGGCUCGGCUCAGCUCCCCCGCCCUCGUAACCCACCGAGGGCUCGGGGUCUCUGCGUCUCCAGCGCAGCCGUGACCACGGGGCUCGGGAUUCUGCGCGGCCUUUCCGGAUCCGGGGCGGUCGGGGAAGGCGGCCUCGGCGCCUCCCCGUUGAGCCUGUCCGGAGUCUCCGCGCCGGAGCAGCCGGCUGCCAUCGCGCAGGCCGAGCGCGCGUGUUGUCUGCGGGAGGAAGCGAGCGCCGUGCCGGAGGAUGCUGAGUCACUCGCAGGCUGGCAGCGCUGAUAGAAGGGGGCCCGAGCGGGGGUGAAUGGCUCGGACGGUCACGCUGACGCACAUCCACGCUGCGCCCAGCUCUCGCUCCGGGGCUGCCGUCUUCCUGUGUCGUCUCGUGUCCCAUCAGGUCAAGCGACGUCCUGAGCGCCCGCGGCGAUUCGGGGCACGUUGGGCAACGCCAGGCUGGCGCGGCGCCGAUACCAUCUCCUUGCCGCCGCGCAGGAAGUCCCGUAGGCCCGCGGAGAUCGUGGUCCAGCUUCCCAACGGGUCGCGGCUCUGUCACGCCACCGCUUGCAGACGAGGAGGGAACGCGUCCGCGGCUGCGCUGAGCACCAGAUCUCCUGGCUUGUUCUGGGCAAGCCGGGGACCCUCUUGGAUGCCUCAAAAGAAAUAGAAGCCAUUCCCGGUGCCCAUUCUGCAGCCCGGGAAUGGCAGGAUACAUAGCUCGGUGCGAGAGGAGGGUGUUUCCUGUUCGUACAGCAUGCUGGCUCCAAUAAAUGCUCCAUGCAGACAAAAGCCUGCCGGAAUCGCUCCAGCCACGGCAAUGAAUGGGCAAGCGCUCUCGGCCGGCCGUCCAGCGCAUCCCCGCGGCUGGCAUGAGUUCUGCGAGCUGCACGCCAUCAGCACGGCCCGGGAGCUCGCCCGGCAGUACUUGCGCUUCGCCCACGAGAACCCCCACCAUGAAUUGCUGGCGGCCGAGAGCUUCUCGGUGCAGUUCGCCCACCUCUUCCAGCAGUACUUCUGCAACGAGGUGAAGGAGGGCUUUGCCAUGAGCCAGUACCGGUUCCUGCCCUUCAGCCGGGUGCGGGACUACCGGGAGACGGGCCGGCGUCACACGGACAGCUCUCUGAGCACGGUGGCUGCCAAGGCAGAGGUGGAGCUGAGCGCCCGCCCCGACCAAGCUGACAGGACCCCUGACACUACGCCGACCGGCCUGCCCAAGGCCUGGAGCUCCGAGGAGCUGACGGGUCCCACCUCCCCGCUGGCUGCCCGCCGGCACUUCUCCUUCACCCACCUGCGCAGGAGCUGGCGCAACCUCUUCCGCCGGAGAUCCUCAGAGGCCGUCUCUGGCGAGGGCGGGGAAGGGGAGGCCUCCGAACCCGUGCUUAAACCUGGCCUGAGCAGGAGGAUUCUGCCUUGGUCGCGGGAGCAAGCCCCCGAGGCACGCAAAGAGGGGCUCUUGAGGUACGGGCUGGUGGAUGAGACCUCCAUGGACAGCGGGACGCGGUGGCAGCGGUGCCGGCUGGUUCUGCGCAAGGCGGGGGUGGCCGACGGCGAGGACCACGUCUUGGAGCUCUUUGAUCCCCCCAAGAGCUCCAGACCAAAGCUGCACACGACCUGUUCUGCCAUCCAGGAGGUCCGCCGCUGCACCCGCCUGGAGAUGCCCGACAACUUCAACACCUUUGUCCUUAAGGUGAGCAAUGCCACGGACGUGAUCUUUGAGGCCGGGGACGAGCAGCAGCUGGUUUCCUGGACAGCAGAAAUCAAAGACUGCCUGAGCCGAGGGUCGGACGCAGCCGACGUAGAGUCGCUCCCGGGCCAGCACCCCGAUGCCCUGGCGUCCAGCCCCGCGACCAGCAGCACCGACUCCCUUAACCAAGUCUCACGCAGCGCCCGGGCCCCGCGGCGCGCGGCUCCAAAGCAGAAGUGGCCGGUGACUGGGUUAAAGAGCGUGGCCGGGCUCAGCAAAGCCACGCACACGAGGCGUGGGGAAGAGUCUGGGGCCGUGCCCUGUGCGCCCCCCGAGCCACCCUGCCAGAAAGCCGACCAUUUCCUAUCGUCCUACCCCUGGUUCCACGGGCCCAUCUCUCGUGUCAAGGCUGCCCACCUCGUUCAGCUGCAGGGGCCGGAAGGCCACGGGGUUUUCCUCGUUCGACAGAGCGAAACCCGCAGGGGGGAAUACGUCCUCACCUUCAACUUUCAGGGAAGAGCGAAGCACCUGCGGCUCUCAUUGACCGAGCGAGGACAGUGCCGCGUGCAGCACCUCCACUUCACCUCCAUCGGGGACAUGCUUGCCCAUUUCCAGCGCUAUCCCAUCCCCCUGGAGUCCGGCGCUGCCUGCAACGUCAAGCUCUCCAGCUACGUCCCUCUCUCCCAAGCCCCUGCCUCUGCCAGCACCAUCCUGCUCCCCUUCUCCAUCCCCAGCUGGAGCACCGACCUCAGCCUGCCUCACAUCAGCUCCUCCAGCUGCCCGCGGCUGCACGCGACUGACCACCUCCACCCCAGCUCUCAGCCUGAGCAGAUCUUCCACCUGGUGCCCCCUCCGGAAGAGCUGGCGCAGAGCCUGCGCUUCAGCGAGGCAGCCCCCGUGCCCGUCGGCCUGCCCCGGACCUCUGACUACGAGCUGGACUCCCCAGGCCGGGGGCACACACGGGCCAUCGACAACCAGUACACGCCGCUCUGACGGGGUGGCCGGGCGGAGGCAUUUUGCAAAAGAAAGUAUUUGAAACCUUGUGCCAAAAUGUUUGGGGAAUCGUACAGGAGACCGAAGAACUGGUGUUCUUUUCCUUCUGGUUCGGGAUGGUUGCAAGGAGAGGGACUGGCCUUAGGCCUGUUCAAGGGCCCUGUUUAGACCAGCUCUCCCUCCUUACUGUUUACAGACACAGCUCCUGUUGGUUCACUGCAGCGUGAGGCUCACGGCCCCGAGCCGUUAUCAGUACCGAGUAUUUCAGUCACUCGCAGUCUCCUGGCCAGUUUUGACGUGGCCGAGUUCAGGAAAGCCCGAGUUACAUCCGCAGGGUUGAAAGUGCUUAGACAAAUUGCUGAUUUGGGCCACGCAGAGGCAGGGCAGAGGCACUUCCUGCUGCUCCAAGAAUGUGCUGCAGUUGCAUAACAACACCCGGUUCCCUCUCUCCUCCUGGGCCAGGCACAGAUCCCAUUAGCAAAGGGUUUGCUCUGCAGUCCUGGAGGUGGAGAAGACGGGCUGACAGCUUGUUAACACGUUAACAAACGAGUAGCUGCAGUCACUCACUGCUACAACUGUGGCAGAAGAAACCGUUCCAGCCAUUCAUUAAUGAAAAAGGUGAACACUAACUUCCCCCUAUCGUUCCUAGAAAAAUAAUGUAACUGAUGGGUGGAGCAUGGAGACUGACAUCUCUUCCUAGUCGAGCUCCACUCCAAGACCGGGAGCGAUUUAAGCACAAAGCUAGUCUGGCAGAGAUUUUCCAGACAUUUUACCUCAAGCUGUUUCUUAAAGCACAGAUUUGCUGGCCGCCCUGCUCGCUUGCUCCCCAGCUUAGCCUGCUUGAACAGCCGCCCGAGGCCUUUCCAGCUCUGCAGACGGUGCUCCGUUACUGGUUUCUCCCAGACGGAUGCCACCGCUCGGCCCCGCCUGUAGAUCUUGCACUACCGAGCGCUAACAGAAGCUCACAUUUUUGUGCCUUACUUGGACUAAGAUUAGGGUUUGGCAUUUCUACAUUUAGUCAGACACCGGUGAUUGUACCCACCCGUUUACCUUUAUACUGCUUUGGACACUGGAUGGAGGCACAGCUACAUGUACGUGCUUAAGGUUUAUAAGCAAUAAAAUUGCCACUCCCGCAAGGCUCUGCAACGAGCACAGCCAGUCUGUUCCCAUUCACGGUCAGGCCAACGCCUCCCGCUGCGAGGCAGCGUGACAGCAGGUCUCAUGGAAAAGGAGCAGUAGAAAUUAGCUGACCUGAAAUGUGAACCGGGAGCAAGAGCGGAGGAGCUGGCGCACAGCUGCACAGUGCUCCGGUUAGUGGUUUCUAGGUGGUGCGCUCACGCCAAACGCACAGCCCCCACUCCAAAACGGUGCCAAUCAGGGUGCAAAGAGCAGGCCCAUUUAGAUCAGUGAUUUUCCACCAUCUCUGCAACAGUUUAGGAUCGAUUGCCAGGCAAAGCCCACCCCAGGAAAGCAGAUAUAGCAGGGGCCUGAAGCCGCUACUGCAAACCUCCAAGCUUCUCUCCACUGUGCUGGUUUUGUUCAAGCAAAACAAAAGGCAUUUGCUCGCCCCACUCAAUGCCCCCAAGUGCCAGGAAGGACGGGCAGUGGAUGCGGGGAGCUGCUGCCGCCCAGAGUGAUAGGACAGCCCCGACAGGCGCCUGCAGAGCUGCAGCGAUCCCAAGUCAGCAUCACAGGGACCAGUUCUCCGUUUCCCCAGCCAGGCCGAAGUGCACCCUGUGCUUUCACGUCGUGCUCCAGACCACAUUCACACCAAGGAGCAGUUCGGGAGAGCGUGCGAGCCUUCAGGAGCAUUUCACUGCAUCGGAAGUUGGCAGCGAUUCCUGGGCUGAGGUUACACCUCAGCGCUUCAGAAAAUCCAGCCCGUCCACACGGCUGGAACCGAGUCCUUGCGGCGGAGCAAAACCCGACACGCCCAGGCUCUUUCCAAGUCGAGCAUUAAAGCUUUGUUUGCUUUACCAGGGGCAAGCUGCCCCGAACAGGCCAUGGCAAAGGGACUAGCUUGACCCCACCGGAAGGGGAGUAGGAGUUUAAAAGGAUGCUGUCAACCUGGAAAAUCCCUGCAGUGUUUGAAGGCCGUGCACACAGGAACUCCACCCACCUUCCGCUGCUGCGACGCUCCCCACCACCACUGCCCUCGCUUGCUCAGCGAGGCAUCUGAAGAGAUUCAAGCCCGCAGCAUCCGGCCUGGAGACCAAACGAGGCCUGGCGGCCCAGCACGUGAAGCUGUUGGUGCAGUGAGCACCCCUCACCCACCUGCCAAGGUGCAGAGUCCACUUCAGGAAUUCAUCUGUCAGCCAGAGAGCGUGAUCAUAAAUUAAAAUCAGGGAUAAAAACUUAUAGCCAUUGAAAUGCUGGUGACUGGUGACUUUUGGGAGGAGACUUAUUGGCUUCAUGGUCAUUCAGGAGGGAAGGCUCCUGGCUUUAGAGAAGUGUUUGAGAGGACAAAGAUCUUGAUGGACAUAAGCCGUGGUUCACCUUGAGACACUUAAAUAUGAAUAUUUUCCACUAUAAAGCGCACAAGUGAUUCUGUGCAGGGCAAGGGCUUGUCCCAGUUUUGAAGCAUCCAGGACGGUUGCUUCACGCAUUCACAGCCUUGCAACUCGGGCAGGCCUCCCUCCCCUUAGCCACUGGUCAGUGAUGUUGGCCCCCCGGAUGACCACAGCCAGGUAAACGCUGUUGCACAGGGCUGGAUGGACACCUGGCUUGGCUGAAGUUGGGCGAGAGCCGAGAGCAGUUUUGGGCUCCGGGGAAGUUGCUUCCAGCAUCAAGUCCAACCGGGGCUCCAAAGCACAACGCUGCCUGGGAACAGCUCUGGGUGAAUGCACAUGGAGCCGUGAAGGAGACUCAUCCGAGCCCUUCUCUCUCAGAAGGCACCAGCAUGGGACUAGCAGAAGGCCUGCUUUCACCCCAGCUGGUUACGAGUUAGUUGCAUGCAUCUCUCAGUGAAGACAGUGCUUAGUGCCUUGAGGAUCUAGCUGUACUGCCACAAACAGGAGCUUAUUUCAGCCAGUACCCUGUGAAACAGCCAGCACAUGGCCAGAAUACAGGCCUGUGCCCGAGUCCGAUAAGGCCUUCACUGAAGUCAGCUCCCCUUAUUCUCAGGACAGGACUUGCUCGUUGCAGACUGGCUCUCCAGCAGCUCCCGCACAUCCUCACAGCAGGCAGGCUCUGCGGAUGAUGUUGCUGGCGUGUGUGUGAGGACCCAUCCUGGUCUAACCCUUUAAUUCCCCCCAUCCUGGUAGAAUGGGGCCAGCAUUUAAGAGCAGGUUACCCACCCCACCGAUGCUUCUGCUUCAGGGCUCUCUUCUGCAGCAUGGCUCCCAGGAAAGGGUCCAGGUUCAGGGGAAGCAAAGCCAACCCCAGAGAAUUAAAAGGCAGCCAGGUGGCAGGAUACUUACUUGUUUCAAAGCUCUGCUCCCUCAGCAAAGUAUUCAGAUAAUAAUCUUUCUUCUGUUCCUUGCAACAAGAACACUUGUAGUUUUACACCCGACAUUUGUACUUUAACACGCAUGCAAGGCCGCAAUCUUGACUGACAGGUUUUAAUACAGUAUUCUAGAUUUCAAACUUAAGAUGCCCUGUAAUGAUAUAACAAGCUUAGGCAGCCAAAGCCCACAGGUAUGCGAGUCGAUUGUGCAGUCUACAUGCUGCCUUUGUAACCCAUCUGCAAAUCAAGGCCAAUAAGGGUUUUGUUGGAAUAAGGUGCAUUUGUUUAAAGCUCUACUUUUCACCAACACAGAAAAUUAUUCUUGUAUAGCAGAUUUUCUAUAUAUUGUUUCUGUAUGUACUGUACAAGUAACUUAUUCUUGAAUAAUGCAAAUUUUGCUACUAUGUAAAGAAUCCUGCUCUUAAACUGUUUUUAGAAUUUUUCA